AUGGUCGCUGUGGCGUUUACCGAUUCUAUUCGUCCAUCUGAGUCGGACUUGGCUUGCAGCGCCAACGAUCCGAGCGAGAAGCUGGUAGCCAUUCACCAAUACAUUUAUGCUUGGGGCUCGAUCGGAAGACGCCAAGUGGAUGAAAUAAUCAACGUAGACACCUACAUCCACGUUUUCGCCGAUAACAAGACAUACGAAGGUGGCUGGCUGAAUGACACCAUUAUUCAGAGGCAGAUGGAAGUGCUUAACGAUGGCUUUGCUCAAAGUAAUAUCCACUUCAUCCUCAAAGGCACAGAGAGAAACAUCACGUCUCCCCCAAAUUUUGGCGGACCCCCCGAUCCCUUGACAGCGUUCUAUGGAAAGAUCCGCAAGGGCGACUAUCGCUCACUUAAUUUAUACUAUAUGCCGAGGAUGUACGGAGGAGAAUGCAGCUUCCCCGGCAUGCCUGGUGCAAUCGAUCAGUUUUCCACCGAGUUCAUCUUAGAUGGCUGCAGAAUGGGUUCGGACACCACACCAGGCGGCAAGGAACCAUUCAGUAGUGGCAAGACAACCAUUCACGAAGUUGGUCAUUGGUUCGGACUACUCCAUACCUUUAAAGGCGGCUGUAACGCAACUCACGGCGACUACAUUGACGACACACCGGCUGAGGCCGAGUACGUGCGAGAAAACAUGGGCGACUGCCCCAAGGGCCGAAACAGUUGCCCUCACUUGCUCGGCCUUGACCCCAUCGAUAACUAUAUGGGCUACACAUCUGAUGAUUGCAGACGGAAAUUCACAGGCGGCCAGAUCAGCCGUAUGAGGAAGAUCUGGAAACUGGUCCGCAUAGUUUGGUAG